CUCACGUGAGUACCAAAACAACAUUUUAUGUGUGGUCGGUGAGGAUAUGUAACAAGUGUAUUCAGUGACAUUCACGAGGAUCAGAGAGUAUUUAUGGCGCACACAUUGAUAGAAAGUAUGAUAUAGAUAUUGUCCAGAAGAGAUGGACACUAAUGUGUCAUUAGAAAACCCUAAGCCCCCAACUACAGGAGCAUCACCAGGAACCCAGGAUCUGCCAGGACAAGAUGGGGAAACAAGUUUUGGAGUCAGCUCUCAAAGUUUACGUAACCGGGGUCGGACUUCAGAUACUACUGACCAAACUGGUGACCUUUCCUCUGAUCCCAAAGUGACGUCGCUCAGCAGCUUUGUAGACAUACUGGAGGACCCCUUCAUACAGGGAGUUGAUAGUGAUGUGGAGGCUCAUAAGAUCAGUAAUAACUACUUGUUUGGAUUCAAGAAAUGGAAAGGUCAUGUGACAGAUAGACCCUUAAAUACACGAUCAGAGGUGGUACAGAAUCUCUACGAGGACUUUGACAAGAUCAAACCUGUGAACGUGUCGACGGCACGUCCCUCUAACAUACUGUAUGUAUUGCUGUUUGGAUGGUGGAUGGCCUUGCUGUAUCUAAUAGUUGGCUGUCUUAUGUUUAUCACCCUUGUGGGCUGGAAUUAUGGUGUGUACUGCUGGACACUGGCCAGAUAUUUCCUAUGGCCAUUUGGCAAGUUUGUUCACCUGGUUCAUCCUACAGUGAAGAGAACCUGUAGUCCUGGUUUGAAGACGUAUACUGAAAGCGAGGGUGGUGAGAGGACGGGACUUCUAGAGGGGACGGUCCCUUCCCUCAGACACCAUACAUCACGCCUGGUCUUCUUUAAGUCACCAGUGUCGUACCUGUGGUUGGUGCUAGGUGUUCCUGUUCUGGUUGUAGCUCAUUUCAUCAUCAUGUUUUUCACCUGGCUGUUUGUUGUCUCCAUGCCCGUUGCUAAGCUAAACUUUAAAGCCAUCACCCAGAUACUGUUCAUGCCCCCACAGAAGUUAAAAGUAGCAGACUACAGCUAUGUGAAAGAGCAGCACCAGGACAGCGAGAUCCUUAUGUAUACCCACCAGUCCGUGUAUCUUUACUACUACAAAUACAGUGUAGACGGCAUGAACAUCAUCCUCUUCAAUUUACUGGUGUUUGUAAUUCUCGCCCUGGCUUUGGGAUACACUGACCCAGAUAAUAAGAUAACCACUGGGAUCACGAAAUGUAUUUUGGGAGUUUGUGCCAUCAUACCAUUGACCUACUACAUAGGUCUGGCCAUAAUCAGUAUUUCUGCCCAGAGUAACUUUGCAGUGGGGGCUGUCCUGAAUGCCACCUUUGGGUCUAUCGUAGAAAUAAUCAUUUUUGUCCUGGCUCUCUCCAAGGGAAGUGAGACUGGGUCUGAUUGUUAUGCUGAACUGGUCAAAUCUUCUCUCACAGGUUCAAUAGUUGGCAGUCUGCUCUUUAUACCGGGUAUCUGUAUGGUUAUUGGAGGAAUCAAGUACCACUCCCAAAGGUUCAACCCUCGGGCUGCUAACGUGACAGCUCUCCUGAUGUUUGUAGCUGUUGGAGGUGUGUAUGCUCCAACUAUGUUUGCAAAGAUCUUUGGAGACAUGCAGUGCAAGAGCUGUGACAAUGUGUAUGUCAUGCCUAAUGGGAACACCUCCGUCAACCCAUCUAACUCCAGUUACUCCCUCCACUGCACCCAGUGUCAGAGCUCUGUGGCGGGUUUGGACGGUGACUCCACACUCUACCGUAACCAUGUGAUGCCGCUGGUGUAUGCCUGCUCAGUGUUACUUCCAAUAGCCUACCUCAUAGGGAUGGUAUUUGCUCUAAAAACACAUUCUGCCAGCAUCUACCAGACUGACCACCAUAGUGAUCUAGCGGUCGAGGGGGACCACCAUAAAAAUCACAACCAUGGUAGCCCCUCCUGGUCAAGGAUAAAGAGCUUUUUCAUUCUUCUGCUCAGUGCCACUCUCAUAGCACUCUGUGCUGAACUCAUUACACAGAACUUACAGGAGUUGGUACAAACCUUAGGAGUAUCAGAAUUCUUCUUGGGAAUGACAAUGUUUGCCAUGGUUCCAGAACUGCCUGAAAUUGUCAACGGUAUCCAGUUUGCAUUACUUAACAAUGUUAAUUUAGGGAUAGAGAUCGGGACCAGUACUGCUAUCCAAGUGUGUAUGAUACAGGUGCCCAUCCUCGUCCUUAUCAACAUCAUACAUCCGUUCGGGUUCCUUGUCCUGUUCAAUGAUAUCCAUCUAUGGGCUGUGGUUUUCUCCGUCAUUGUCAUCAACUACACAUUCCAGGAUGGCAAGAGUGACUACUUCCAGGGGUUUACACUGGUCAUUCUGUAUGUCAUACUCCUGAUCACAUACUACUUUAUACCGGUACCAACUCAGGCAAAAUGCUGAUAUGUUGACAUACAAUGGACAUACUCACAGAUCUGUCAUACCAGUGUUGUCUCAGGCUAAGUGUUAAUUUGUGAAUUUCUUAUUGGUACUAUCCGAGACUUGAUGUGUGAGAGUAUUUUAAACAGAACCCGGAGGAUUCACACUGGUGCUGUCUCAAGGUUAAAUGUGAACUAAAUUGUGACGUAGUUAGAGUACACUGGACAGAUCCCUGAGGAUUCACACUGGUGCUGUCUCAAGGUUAAAUGUUAACUAGAUUGUGACGUAGUUAGAGUACACUGGACAGAUCCCUGAGGAUUCACACUGGUGCUGUCUCAAGGUUAAAUGUGAACUAAAUUGUGACGUAGUUAGAGUACACUGGACAGAUCCCUGAGGAUUAUUGCUGGUACCGACUCGGGUCAAAGGUUCAUUUCUGAGGGUAAAGUGGACAUUGGAGUUGAUGCCACUACAAUCCUUACCUUAGGGUUCCUACUAAAGUUUACUAAGACAUGCCACUAUAGGCAGUGUUAUUUGUACAGUGCCAAGACAAAAUGUACUGCCAAACUGACUCUAUCAUUGUUCCCAUCACCUUUCCUUAAGACUUUGUGUACAUAUAUACUAAGGUUUUAUAAAUUACCUGCUAUUUGCUUUAAUUGGACUGUCAAAAGCAGAUAAUGCAUUACUAACUUCAGUGAUUGAAGUUGUUCCAUUGUUUAGAUUGCACAUACAUCAACUUGAAAGCUGGUACGAUCUAUUAUGGUAAAGCUCAUGUUUAAAACUCAGACUAAUUAUCAUAUUGCUUAAUAUUUUUUCCUGUCAUAGAAAUUGCCACCUACUUUUUGCAACAAAGACCUGAAAAUGUAAGUUUCAGAAUGCCAUGCUCUGAUUUCCAAUUAUAUAUUACAGUUCUUUCUUUAAAAAAUACGGUGCUAGUAAAAUGUUCAUUGUGUGUGUUGCAUGCAUAUAUAUGUAUGUGCAUGCUUGUGUACAGGAAACAGUAUCUGUACUAUUGUAUGACAUAUGUGCAAUAGAUGUUCAUCAUUAACACUACAUUUUGUUUGGCCCCUUACUUCUACACAAUUGACUUUCAAAUGAGCAUAGGAAACUGUUAGCAUAUUUUAUAGACAUAUCAAUGUUUAUGUUAAAUUGUGAUAAAAAUGUACUGUCUUUUUUUAAAUGAGAACUUAUGUUCGUAACAUUGACACCCAUCACCUGUGUUAGCUACAAUGUAAGAAAACUAUAUCUUGUAUGUCAAUACUACAUAGUUAUUUCAUCAGAAACAUGUGCCUUAAAUAUAGCUCCAUUGUUUGUUGCGUAAAUUUUAUUGACAUUUUUUAAAUGUUACUAUAGUUUGUAUAAAAGGUGAGAAUUGUGGAAACGUUUCAUUGAGACUGAUCAUGACAACACUUGUAUGACUUACUGUGAUAACACGUAUAAUUUAUCAUGAGAACGCAUUCACGUUAAAGCUGCAGAUCAAAUCUGUUAGAAAAAAAACAUUUAAUAAGUAAUACUUCAAUAGAUCUAUGAGGCAAAGGAACAAAUACCUGUAUUUAUAAAAAAAAAUAAGUUUUAUAACUUGUGUCUAAUCCCUUUUGUAUUUUUGCAAAUAAAAUAUGUUUAAAUCAAAAACACAUUUUUGCAAGUGAGAUGUUGGAUUCAAAUAACUUAUAAAACAUGUCUUUCACACUGCGACAGAUAUUCAAGGUGACAUCGUCCGUCGUCUACCCAUUAAUAAUUCCUUCCAACAUCUUCUUCUGAACUACUGAUUGGAAUUCAAUGAAAUUUGACCGUAGGCAUCCCUAGGUUGUGCAGAUUGAAAAUUGUACAAAUGGUGGGAUUUACCAUUCAAGACUGAGGGGUGGGGCCAAAUAGAGGUAAUUUGGAUUUCAACUUAAACUUUUCCAGGAGAUUGGGAUUUAAAAUUGUACCAAUGGUUGGGCUGAGAGGCAGGGCCAAAAACGGGUAAUUAGGCGACGUUGUUUUAGUCCUCUACAAUUAUUAGGUUGACAUUUACAUCUUCUUCUGAACUGCUGAUUGGAAUUCAAUAUAAUUUAACCGGAAGCAUCCCUAGGUUGUGCGGAUUGAAAAUUGUACAAAUGGUGGAAUUUACCAUUCAAGUCUGAAGGGUGGGGCCAAAUAGAGGUAAUUUGGAUUUCAAAUAGGAGAUAGGACCACAAUUUUGAUAUUAGAAUUGACUGUGGGUUCUGGCCACACCCUUAGGGAUUAAGUUUCUUGGUCACAACUUGGAAACAGUUGAGAUACCAAUGCACACUGUAACACUAUAUACAAUUGCUGAAUAUAAAGAGACGAAUAUACAUUUUCUACAAGGAUUUACCCCUUGGGUGUUGCCCACCCCUUGAGACUUAAUCCCUGGAUCAUAACUUUGAAACAGUUAAAACCCCCACCCAAUAACCAUAUAAUCACAGUCAUAAUAUUGGAGGUAACACUUGGGAUCUGGCCACAUCCUUAGGCAAUUUUCUGGGUCACAAAUUGGAAACAGUUGAGGCUCCCUUCCUAUAACAAUAUAUGAGUCAAGAUCUGACAAAAGGGUCCUUACGACAUCGCUAAUGAAAGUGGAGAAAAAAGGGAAUUCCACAUGAUGUCAAUCAAUGAAAAUAAUGACCUCAUUUCCCUCCUCUAUAUCCCUGCUCACCUGCUAAUAAAACAUGGAUAUUAAUCUUGACUUGAAUCUUCUUAGAGGUUAUGAAAGGUUGAAAUUAGAAGAUGAAACAUGUAUAUUUAUUUAUUUAUUUUGAACAAAUUUUAAUUUGAUAUCCACUGACUAACCCUAUCAUGUGGUCUUAUUUGCAAUACUUCUUGUAACAAAAAUAUUUUGCCAUAAUUGCUUGAAUAUCCAGAUGAGCAAUACAGGUCCUCUGGGCCUCUUCUUGUAGGCAUAUCUUACCAGAUUAAUAUAUUGCUCUGAGUAAUCAAUCAAAAAUGGCACACAGCCUUGUUGUGAAGUGUGACAUUAUUUAACAUGUUUGAAAUUGGAAAUUUUUCCUCAUUGUGCACAGAAAUUUAUUUGUGAAUAUACCUAAAUUUCCACACAAAAAAAAGUUUGAUAUUUUUGUUUACAAACUACAUGAUAUUUGUCACAAGGUGAAAUCUUUUGGUAAGUUGAAAUAGCUUCAACAGAUCCAUGAGCUGUAUAUUUGUCCUGGGGUACAGUAUGCUGUUUCAUCCAAUUACAUGGCCAUGACCCACUUUCAAAGUCACACGGGUAAAACUUGUAAGAAGCAAAUAAUUGUUUUAUUUCCAAAUUUUAUAAAUUGUACAUGUUGAUCUGAGGUUAGUGUAACAACUCUAGUACAAGUAUAUGUAUAAUGCACAGCAGGUAUUUUAUUUAAUGUUUUAUAUUGCUUUAUAAUAUAUUAUUUUUCAUAUUUCUUUUCCUGUCAGUCUGUUCAUUUAAAAAUUAAUAUUUAUUUUCAAUUUGAUAUAUUAUAUGCAUCAAUGCAAUUGUUAAGUAUAACAAAAUGAUGCUAAAAAACUUGUCUUGUACCAGUAUGUCUGAUCCACAAUUGAGGACCAAAUUGUAUUGUAUUCCAUUAUAUAACAUUUACACUAUUAAAUUAUUUAACAUAUACACUAUU